AUGAAAUUUCCUCUUUUGCAGUCGAGAACCUUGGCCAAGAAGAAAAUUGUUCAUUACUCUUCCACAAACGGCGAGAAGCGUGUAAAUGCAGCUUUUCUUGCUGGUUCUUAUAUGAUCAUUCAACAUGGAAAAACUCCUGAAGAAGCUUAUCGACCUCUCAUUUUUGGAGGAAGCCCACCUUUUUUAUCCUUCAGGGAUGCUUCCAUUGGACCAACAACAUAUCACUUAGGACUUUUAGAUUGUUUACGUGCCCUUAAAAAGGCUUUAGCUAACAAUUUCUUUAACUUUGAAAAUUUUGAUGUUGAAGAGUAUGAAUAUUAUGAGAGAGUAGAAUCUGGUGAUUUAAGCUGGAUAGUGCCAAAUAAAUUCAUUGCCUUUUGUGGACCUCAUGCUAAAAGUAAAAUAGAAAAUGGUUACCCAUUUCAUUCUCCUGAAUCUUACAUACCCUAUUUUCGGAAGCACAAUGUUUCAACAAUUGUCAGGCUCAAUAAAAAAAUAUAUGAUGCUAAAAGAUUUGUAGACAAUGGUUUUGACCAUAGAGACUUAUUUUUUAUUGAUGGUAGUACACCAAGUGAUGCUAUCAUGAGAGAAUUUUUAGAUUUAGCAGAAAAAGCUAAAGGUGCUAUAGCUGUGCAUUGCAAGGCUGGUCUCGGUCGUACAGGGACUCUAAUUGCUUGCUACAUUAUGAAACACUACAGGUUUACUGCAGCUGAAGCCAUUGCUUGGAUUCGAAUUUGCAGACCUGGUUCCAUCAUAGGACAUCAGCAACUGUGGCUGGAAGAGAAGCAAUCAUAUCUUUGGCUUCAGGGUGACUUGCAUAAACUCAGGAAUUCUCAAAAUAACACCAAAAAGAAGCUGAUUGAUAGCAAAUCAAAAGAGUUGAAGUCUCCUGGUAGAUCUAGUCUUGCAAUACCUCGUGAAAGACUGCAACCAAAUGCUUUGAGGUCCUCUGGUCAAAACUGUCUAACUCUCAGAAACAGCCUGGACAAUGGUGCUGAGGCUGAUGAUCUUGAGGUAAUAAAAUUUGUUUGAUUUAAAACAA